AUGCUUCAGCAAGGAUCCCCCCGGAAGAUACCACGCCUGAACCUGAACGCCACCACCGCCCCGUCAGCCACCGCACGCUGGCAAGCAGUAGUCAACCGGGACGCACACGCGACAUCCUUCGUAUACGCCGUUCUCACUACCAAGAUCUACUGCCGACCGUCAUGUCCAGCGCGCCUGGCCCGCCGAGCUAAUGUCAGAUUCUACGACACUCCCUCGGACGCAGAGCAGGCCGGCUUCCGGCCCUGUAAGCGCUGUACACCCCAGACCCUGCGGGCGGUUAAUCCCCAGAUACAAUUGAUCCGGCGGGCCUGUGAGACCAUCGAGGCGCAGGUCCGGGAUGGAUCGAAACCCACGCUUCGAAAGCUGGCGGACGAGGCAAACCUCACCCCGAGUUAUUUUCAUCGGCUGUUCAAGAAGAUCAAGGGCGUCACGCCGGGACAGUAUGCGGCUGUCGUUCUGAGUCGGGGUGGUGGGGGGCCAUUGGAUGAGAACAUGCCGGUUGGGAAUCUGACGGCAUUUCAAUCCUGGGAGGUAGACGCCCGGUGCGAUGCCUUCAUACCCGACACUUUGGAUGACGCUGUGGUCGCGAACGGUGGAGACGUGGACGUUGGGAUAUGGAAUGAUUUCGACGUUCUAAUAGCCGCCGAGGCUCAUUGGGAGGAUGCACAGUGGGUUGGAUGA